AUGGCGCGCUUUCCCAGGUUCAGAUUUCUGGCCCUGGCCGUCAUCUUCCACUUGAUAUACAUAUACUCCAUCUUUGACAUCUAUUUUGUCAGUCCCGUCGUUUCCGGCAUGCGCUUGUUCGCUGUAGAUCGCCCAGCCCCCAGCAAGCCGCCUGCGGAUAGACUGGUUCUUUUUGUCGGUGACGGCCUGCGCGCCGACAAAGCCUUGCAGUCGCAUCCCGAGCCCUACCCCGAGUCCGACGCAGACCUCGAACCACGGCCCCUGGCACCCUUCUUGAGGUCGCGCAUCCUGGAGCAUGGAACUUUUGGUGUCUCCCACACGCGUGUGCCCACCGAGUCGAGACCUGGACACGUGGCGCUUAUUGCCGGCCUGUACGAGGAUGUGUCUGCGGUGACCACAGGCUGGAAGUUGAACCCGGUCGACUUUGAUAGUGUCUUCAACCGCAGUCAACAUACCUGGAGCUGGGGCAGCCCGGACAUUCUGCCCAUGUUCGAGCAUGGUGCUGUCCCGGGGCGGGUCGAUGCAUAUACGUACGCGGCCGAUGCAGAGGACUUCUCCCAAGACGCUACACACCUCGAUCUUUGGGUGUUCGACCGCGUCAAGGCACUGUUCGAAGAGGCAGCCCAGAACAAGACUCUAAAGGCGGCCCUCAAGGAAGAGAAAAUAAUCUUCUUUCUGCACCUGCUCGGGCUGGAUACGACAGGCCACUUCUACCGACCGUACUCGCAGGAGUAUUUACACAACAUCAAGGUCGUAGACCAGGGAGUCAGGGAGAUCGCAGAGAUGAUCGACAAGUUCUACAAUGACGACAGGACUGCAUAUGUGUUCACUGCGGAUCACGGUAUGAGUGACUGGGGCAGUCAUGGAGACGGUCAUCCGGAUAAUACACGGACCCCUCUGAUCGCAUGGGGCUCAGGAGUCGCGAAGCCAGAGAUCCACGCUGGGACCGUUGCGCCGGGCCAUGACGAAUACUCCUCCGACUGGGACCUCGACCAGGUCAGAAGACACGACGUCUCGCAGGCGGACGUCGCCGCGCUGAUGGCGUAUCUGACAGGGGUUGCGUACCCUGCGAACUCGGUCGGAGAGCUGCCCCUGCCGUAUCUCGCUGCAGACAUUAGUGAGAAGGCCGAAUCUCUCUUGGUCAACGCGCAGGGCAUUCUCGAAAUGUACAGGGUCAAGGAGGAGAAGAAGAAGGCGUCGCAGCUGAGGUAUCAGCCUUACCAGCCCCUGAGUGAGCACAGCCAUACUUCUGAGGAACGUGUUGCCGCCAUUCGGGAUCUCAUCAAAGAUGGGAAAUACGAGGAGGCCAUCGAGGAAACCGAGGCCCUCAUUCAGUUUGGGCUUCAGGGCCUGAGGUACCUCCAAACUUACGACUGGCUCUUCCUGCGAGCUCUGAUCACCAUUGGAUACAUCGGGUGGAUGGUGUACGCCCUCGCCACUGUUGUUAACCUCCAUGUCCUUCAAGGAGCGGUCGAGCCGUCAAGAGACACAGUUUCCACAGCCAUAUCCUCGUCAGUAUACGUACUGAUGGCUGCUUCUUUCAUUGCAUCCAAGUCACCGGUCACCUACUACGCGUAUGCCUUCUUCCCAGUUUUCUUCUGGGAAGAAGCCUUCGCUCGCCGCGAAAGCCUCAUCCGAGGAGCCAAUGUUAUCUUUGGGAACACACGACCAGUGUCUCUCCUCUUCGGCGGUGCGGCUUAUGUCGGCAUCAUCAUUUCGUUGGCUGUAGGCUACAUCCAUCGCGAGGUCUUGACCGUGCUUUUUGUUAUUGCAGCCUUCUGGCCGCUUGCAUCCGGUGUCUCAUUUGUACGGAGUCGCCCGACUCUAUCACUGGUCUGGGCCGUGUCUUGCCUGUCGAUGAGCAGCUUCACGCUCCUUCCUCCUGCCAUGAAAGGGGAGAACAUCAACACCAUAACCCUGGGCGGUGUGCUCAUGGUAGCAAUCGGUAUUCUGUAUCUUGCAUUCGAGGAGAGGGUGUUGUCCGACUUCUCAACGGCAGUAUCGAAAACAAAGCCAGCGAGGAAGGAGAUUUCGCGGACUCUUGUUGGUAUUCAAGUGGGCUUGGUUGUUUUAGCUGUGGUCGUCACUAGAUCAAGCGUGAUCUCUCUGCAGGCAAAGCAAGGAUUGCCUCGUGGCAACCAGGUCGUCGGCUGGCUUGUCUUAAUCACCUCGCUGAUAAUGCCUCUGGCGUAUCGGCUGGAGUCGAACAGCAAUUACUUGCACCGACUCGUUGUCAUUUUCCUUACCUGCGCGCCGACCUUUGUCAUCUUCACAAUAUCCUACGAAGGACUGUUUUAUGUCGCGUUCUGGGUCACGCUUCUGGCCUGGGUGAGGCUAGAGUAUGAAGUCUACACCAACUCGACUCCCCAGAUCGAAGUCGCCGUCGAAAGCAAGUCAGGCGAUGAGUCGACCGAGACGAAGCAGGUGCCCGACAGGCUGCCCAAUCCCUACCGUCCGCUGUCAUUGGCUGACGCCCGAGUGGCCCUGUUCUUCUUCGUCUUCUUGCAGUCUGCCUUCUUCUCCACUGGCAACGUCGCGUCGGUAUCCUCGUUCAGCCUCGAAAGCGUCUGCCGACUCAUCCCCAUCUUUGAUCCGUUCUCGCAAGGUAUACUGUUGAUCUUGAAACUCAUGAUACCAUUUGCGUUGGUUUCGGCCAAUCUCGGCAUACUAAACAAGAGGAUCGGGGUGGCGCCCUCGGCACUGUUCAUGGUGGUGAUGGCCAUCAGUGACAUCUUGACCCUGUAUUUCUUCUGGGUUGUCAAGGACGAGGGCUCCUGGUUGGAGAUCGGAAGCACGAUAUCCCACUUUGUCAUCGCGAGUUUGUUGAGCGUGUUUGUGGCAGCAUUAGAGGGUGUGUCAGCAUGGUUCAUUAGAGGAGUUGAGAUGGACGUUCUUGAAGUCUCGGGCAAAACAGCGACGAAUGGCAAGGGUGCCUCGGAGAGUAAAACGCAGGCCAACGGGACCGGGACCAUCCUCGUGUCUGACACCCAGGACGAUAAGCACGAGGCACUGGCGUCUGCAGUUGCGGAAUCCCAGGGCAAUCUUCGCGCCAGCUCCUCUAGAGCGCUCUCCAAGCUUUCGCUGUGA